AUGGCGACGUCUGGCUGCGGUGACGUGUGUUCGUUCCGCGUGCGCGACCGCGCGCCGGGCCGCUUCUACCCGCUCAUGCGGCGCAACAUCCAGUGUCCGGACGUGAUGCGGCGCAUGCGGCAGAUAGCGCCCGGCGCCUUCUACCCGCCGCCUCGCUUCCUGCCGACGUCACUCAUGGACGAGAUGACUCAUCACGGCCAACUCCCGCUACGCGACGUCAACUUCCUCCCCGACAACGACCGCCGGCCGCGAGAGGGCGCUCUGGUCGUGUCCGAGCAGAUGCUGGGAGAGCUGACCGAGCGGGUGUGGCGGGGAGUUCCCAUCAUGCAAGGCGCGCCCGUCGGCGCGGAGAUGACGCUCCGUCGCGUGCUGCGCGGACACAGGCGCCACCUGGAGGGCGCUGUCGUCUUCACGCUCGGGCAGAAGAACCCGUGGGUGGAGGCGAUCCUGCUCGCGAUGAACCCGCGUCACGUGGUCAGCGUGGAGUACCAGCUCCCGCUGCACGAGAUCGCCACCGAGCACGCGCAGAUAUCCGGCCGCUCGCCGGCGGCCGCCGCGGCCGAGUGGACACUGGCCGGAGACGCGGGGACGUACAACGUCGGCGUCGCCUUCUUCACCGUCGGCCAGCUCGGCCUGGGUCGCUACGGCGAGCAGCUGAACCCGUGGGCGGACUUCGAGGCGAUGGCGCAAGCGUGGUGCGUGACUAGGACGGGUGGACUGUUCGUGCUGGCCGUGUAUUACGAGCAGAACGAUGAAUACCUCGUGUGGAACGCCAACCGUAUCUACAGCGCCAAGCUGGCGCAGUAUCUCACCGCCAACUGGGAGGUGGUCGACGUGAAGAGGUCCGACGGGGAGCUGGGCGUCGUGCAGAGGCCCGGAUGGGCGAUGUGGGUUCUGAAAAAGCCGUGA